AUGUGGCAAAAAGAACUGAGAAUUAAUCCAGAUUCAGAUGAGGGGGAAGCUGAUGAAGAUGAAGAAGAGGAUGAUGAGGAAAUCAUUAAUAGAGUGGGUAAUAGAGACAAUUGGUACAAAAAGCAAGUUGAGUUCUGGAGUACCUAAGAAGCAAGCAUAAAUGGUGUAUUAACUGGGUAUGGUGACUGCCACCCAGCUGAUGCUGAAACUUCUAACAAUUUACUUGAUGGCUUUAAGAAGACUAUAGGAAUCUAAAGAGCUCUAGAUUGUGGAGCUGGCAUUGGUAGAGUGACCAAAUACAUAUUAGAAUCGAGAUUUGAGAAGAUUGAUCUGCUUGAUCCAACAAAAGAACUUCUAGCGAAGGCAAGAGACUUCAUUGGCUCAGAUAAAGUUGAUAAGAUAUAUUGCACAGGACUCUAAGACUUUGAAUUCGAAUAUUAGUAUGACUGCAUUUGGGUCUAGUGGGUUCUAUGCUACUUAACUGACAAAGACAUUAGAGUUUUCCUGAGAAAGUGUUCCUAGUACCUGAGAGAUGAGAACAGUUUGCUAAUUUGCAAGGAGAAUGUUCAUGACGAUAGUUUUUAUGUGGACAAAGAGGAUAACAGUGUGAUUAGAUCAGAUAAGCUAUUCCAGGAGAUAUUUGAAGAGGAAGGCUUUUGCAUAGUUAAGCAUUAGAUCUAACCUGGAUUUCCUGAUAACCUAUUCACAAUCAGUAUCUAUGCACUCAAAUACAUCAAAUUUGGAAAGUGA